AUGCCGUCGAAGACGGCUGGUUCCUCACCAGGGCGGAUUUGGCGCUUGAGUUGCAGCAACCCGGGCAAGACGGGCAAGACCGAAAACGAUCUCAAAACUGCUCUUGCCUAUCAACUCCGGUUUGGCAUCCGAUCGGCGCAUCACCAUGGCUAUAAAAUCUUUCCAGCGUCGGAGCAUAAGGAAGGGAAAUUGGCGACAGGAAAUUGGUAUUUGGCAUUUGGGGCAUUCUUGGAGGAUCUUGGCGGUCAACGAGGUGAUCCCUGA